CUGGCUUCCUCUUGCGGGCAAGCGACCGGCCGUAGAGUGCGUUUUUAAGGGGUGAUGUCAGAGAAAUUAAAACUGAACAGUCAAACACUCCCCCCUACUUCAAGGACGUGUUUCUCCUGUUGGUAAGGCGAGAGAGGUGGCUGUUUAGCACACCCAGCUCACUCUUGCCCUACUGGGACAGGGGCUGGCCGGCGGGAGACACUUAUUAAUUAUGAACGGGGAGAUGUCCCUUUAAGGUCUGCUGUGCUCUCUGAGAACUGCAGCCGGAGUGUUUAGUGGGGGAGAUUUGGCUUUAUUUGUACAUCCUAACGCUGGGCUAAUUCAACGGGGAGGUUUCCAAGGCUCUGAGAUCUUUAGGGGGGUGAGUCGGGGGAAAACUGUGUGCGGUGGGAGGAAGCUAAAUUCUCCUUAAUGCGAAGAAGCAACGUAAAGACUGGAUAACAAACAGGAAAUGCCUAACUCGGCUGAGAGGCGGACGGGCGGUGCAGAGCGCUGAGCUCCACCGGCAGCGCAGCUCUGCCGGGCGCGCCGGCGGCAGGACCGCUCCCGCCACCCCUGCCCUCCGCCCGGGCUCCUGGCCCCCGGCUCGCAGGAGCCCAGGCAUGGCUGCCUCCUACUGGAUGCUGACAGCUCUCUUUCACCUUGUUCGCACUUCCAACGUUGAUGUGAAAAAUGCACUGACCUUCAAUGGGCCUCUGGAAGACAUGUUCGGGUACACAGUACAACAGUAUGAAAAUGAGGAAGGGAAAUGGGUACUUAUUGGUUCACCACUAGUUGGCCAACCUGAGAAAAGAACAGGCGAUGUCUACAAAUGCCCUGUAGGAAGGGACAGCCCGUCACCCUGCACAAAACUGAACUUACCAGCUUCUACUUCAGUUCCUAAUGUCGUGGAAGUAAAAGAAAACAUGACUCUUGGAACAACCUUAGUGACUAACCCAAAAGGAGGGUUUCUGGCGUGUGGACCACUUUAUGCUUAUAAAUGUGGACGUUUGCAUUACACAACUGGAGUUUGUUCUAAUGUCAGCUCCACUUUUGAAACCAUUGAGGCCAUUGCUCCGUCAGUGCAAGAGUGUAAAACCCAGCUGGACAUCGUCAUAGUCCUUGAUGGGUCCAACAGCAUUUAUCCAUGGGAGAGUGUCACAGACUUUCUGAACAGCCUCCUGAGAAACAUGGAUAUAGGUCCUCAGCAAACACAGGUUGGAAUUGUUCAGUACGGACAGACUGUAGUCCAUGAAUUUUUCCUGAAUACAUACUCAACAACGGAAGAUGUGAUGGCUGCAGCCUCAAGAAUACGUCAGCGGGGUGGCACACAAACCAUGACAGCCCUGGGAAUAGACACGGCCAGGGAAGAAGCUUUUACUGAGGCUCAUGGUGCACGAAGAGGAGUACAAAAAGUAAUGGUUAUUGUGACUGAUGGGGAAUCACAUGACAACUACAGAUUACAAGAAGUGAUUGAUGAUUGUGAAGAUGAAAACAUUCAGAGAUUUGCUAUUGCUAUUCUUGGCAGCUACAGCAGAGGAAAUUUAAGUACUGAGAAAUUUGUAGAGGAAAUAAAAUCAAUUGCCAGUAAGCCUACUGAAAAGCAUUUUUUCAAUGUCUCAGAUGAAUUAGCUCUUUUAACCAUUGUUGAAGCACUUGGAGAGAGAAUAUUUGCCCUGGAAGCAACAACAGACCAGCAGGCCUCCUCUUUUGAAAUGGAAAUGUCUCAAGCUGGCUUCAGUGCUCAUUACUCUCAGGAUUGGGUCAUGCUUGGAGCAGUUGGAGCAUAUGACUGGAAUGGCACGGUGCUCAUGGUGAAAGACAGUGUUAUUUCAAUGCCAACCAAUGACACCUUUCGUGACAGGCGUUCAGAAAGAAAUGAACCUCUUGCAGCCUAUCUAGGAUAUACUGUGAAUUCAGCACUGACACCUGGAGGUGUGCUGUACAUAGCAGGACAGCCACGAUACAAUCACACUGGGCAAGUUAUCAUUUAUAAGAUGGAAGGAAAAGAGGUGCAAGUAAUUCAGAGAUUAAAUGGAGAACAAAUUGGAUCAUACUUUGGGGGUGUUAUUACCACAGUCGACAUUGACAGGGACUCAUUUACAGACCUUCUUCUUGUUGGAGCUCCUAUGUAUAUGGGAACUGAGAAAGAGGAGCAAGGGAAGGUAUAUGUUUAUAGUCUGAACAAGACAAAGUUUGAGUAUCAGAUGAGUCUUGAACCCAUAAAGCAAACGUGCUGCUCACCGUUAAAACAGGACACCUGCAAAGUUCUAAAGAAUGAGCCCUGCGGUGCGCGCUUUGGGACUGCGAUUGCUGCAGUGAAGGACCUCAACCUGGAUGGGUACAAUGACAUUGUAAUAGGCUCUCCCUUAGAGGAUGACCAUCGGGGAGCUGUUUAUAUUUAUCAUGGCCAUGGCAAAGCAAUCAGUAAAAAGUAUUCACAGCGUAUUGCAUCAGGUGGAGACGGGGAAAAAGUGAAAUUUUUUGGCCAGUCUGUGCAUGGAGAAAUGGAUUUAAACGACGACGGGCUGAUUGAUGUUACUAUCGGAGGCCUUGGUGGGGCUGCCCUCUUCUGGUCUCGCGAUGUGGCUGAAGUAAACGUUUCCAUGCAAUUUACACCUAAAAGCAUCAAUAUUCAACAACAAAAUUGUCAAAUAAAUAUAAGAAAAACAAUAUGCAUAGAUGCCACAAUUUGUUUUAAGACCAGACUAAAGUCAAAAGAAGAUAUAUUUGAAUCCAGUCUGCAGUAUUGGAUUACUCUUGAUGCACAAAGACAGAUAUCUCGGAGCUUGUUCACAGAAAGCCAUGAGAGGAAAAUGCAAAAAAAUAUAACUAUCAAAGGGUCAGAAUGUACAAAACAUAACUUCUACAUGUUGGAUAAGCCUGAUUUUCAGGACUCUGUAAAGGUUUUGCUGGAAUUCAAUUUUUCUGAUCCAGAGAGCGGACCUGUUCUUGAUAGCAACUUGCCAAAUUCAAUAGCAGAAUAUAUUCCUUUCACAAAAGAUUGUGGAGCCAAAAAUAAAUGCAUUUCAGAUCUUGUUCUGAUUGUAAAAGCAAGCAUAGCUGGAGACAGCUUGUCUCCAUUCAUUGUAAAGUCACGCAAUGAUAAGUUCACCAUCCAGCUCUCUGUGAAGAACAAAAAAGACAGUGCCUAUAAUACCAGAGUUUUGGUUCAAUAUUCUCCAAAUAUUAUAUUUGCUGGCAUUGAGGAUAUACAGAAAGAUAGCUGUGAAUCUAAUCACAACAUCACCUGUAAAGUGGGAUAUCCAUUUCUAAAACCUGCAGAAGAGAUUUCCUUCAAAAUAUCAUUCCAAUUCAAUGCAUCGUAUCUCCUGGAAAAUGCUACUAUUCAUGUGUAUGCAACAAGUGACAGUGAAGAACCACCUGAGACCUUGAGUGACAACAGAGGACAUGUUACAAUUCCAGUAAAAUAUGAAGUAGGAUUAAUAUUUGUAAGUGUUUUCAAAGAGCACCAUGUUAUAAUUGCUGCAAAUGAUACUGUCCCUACUGCUAUUAACACAACAGAGCAGAUCGGGGAUGAAGUGACUCUACAUUAUAGGAUUGAAAAAGGUGAACAGUUUCCAAUGCCAAACCUCACACUGCAGAUCUUAUUUCCCAAUGUAACAGCUGCCAAGAACACUCUUCUCUACCUUACUGCAUUGUCACAUUCCCAGAAUGCCAUCUGCCAAACUAGUUACCCUGUAGAUCCCUUAAAGAUUGGCACUGGGAAACCAUUUGUGUUGUCAAAAAUAAAAGAACCUACAAGGGAUACAAUUAUGGACUGUGAUACAUACAACUGUGCCGCUAUUAACUGUGCCCUGAUCCCAUCUGACAUAUAUCAAGUGAAUGUUUCAUUAAGAGUAUGGAAACCUACCAUCAUAAAAGCCAGUAUUCACAGCUUAACCCUUGUUGUGAAAGCAUUACUUAGGAGUGAGAACUCAUCACUGAUUUUGAGAAAUGACCAUCAAAAACUAGAGACCAUGAUUAAGAUUUCCAAAGAACAUCCACCAGGUACAGUGCCCUUAUGGGUUAUCCUCCUGAGCAUCUUCGCUGGACUCUUGAUUCUUGCUCUGCUUAUAUUUGCUCUGUGGAAGGCUGGAUUUUUCAAAAGACCACUAAAGAAGAAAAUGGAGAAAUGAAAAAAAAAAAAAAAGCAGAAAUUUUUGCUCAGAUCUGCCUCCAAAAUGUUACUGUAAAAUUAUAAACUUAGAUGCAGUGGUUACAAUGCUUUCUAAAUGCAGGUGCGUUUAAAAACCCCAAGAAACAGAAAAACAAGAAGAAAAUCAAGCACACAUGAAAAAGAAUGAUGCAAAAAAAGAAUGAACAACCUUGUGGCAUUUUGUGAUCUUCUAGUAUUUACCUUUAAGCGUUACUCAUUUUUGGAGAGUAACUGAGUUCAAAGAUUCUAAUGGCUUUUAAUAUGGAAAAUUUGUAGUUAUAUUUUUAUAUACCUGUGUCUGUGGAAUAAUUUUUCAUUCCAAAUUACACAACAAGUCAGCUUGUAUGUAGCAAUCCCAGUCUUUUUUAUCACUUUAUGAUUUUCAAAAGGAAAAUGCAUCAUUUUCAAUAUUCCCUCCUAAUGUCAGUUCCCUGGAAGCAGAUUCUCAAUUCACAAGGCAGAACAUGUAAACUUUGAGAAUGCACCAAAUACCGUGUGAUAGCUGAUGCAAUGGCAACUCAGAAGACAGAAGCACGUCCAGAAUACUGGGUGAAAAUUACUGAAAUACCAUGGAUUUCUCUUUCAACUCAUUUUAGCAUGUCAAGCUGAACCAAGGAUACUCCAAGAAAGAGAUUUUUAUGGUCAAGUGGACCAUAAAGGGUUGAUCCAUGAAAUCACAUAACUGUUUGAACUUAAAAUAUAUUUUUGGCAGGCCUAAAAAUGCGCAAAUCAUUCAAGCCCAUCUGAUUGCACACUGUACUCAAAUAAGCAGGGGCAUAAUUUUUACCUGCAAAUUGAAAUGUCCAUAUUUAUGCAGAAAAUGUUUAGAGUCACCCUGAAAGUUUGACUCUUGCUGUAUAUCUUGGAGUAGCCAGCAGGGUGGUUCAUAAACUGUCACUGUAAAUUUCUUGUGUAGCUAUUUAAUCCAAUGAGUAUAACGUGUACAAAAUAAUAAUUAUCAGAAGAGCACAGAUAGGAAAUUCAGCACUGGCAAGCUUCUUCUAGUAUUAUAAAUCACAGCUCAUCUUUAUUACUUAUGAGUUUAAGAAGUGAUGAAGAAUUUGCAUACUAAAUAAGCACUUAACAAACGAUGUUUAUUUUGUGUCAAAGAUUAAAAGUUUAUAUGAGAAUACACUGAAAUGUAGAUAGCAAAAAGUUUCUUUAAGAAAUUUUUUUCUUUCUAUUUAGUUCAUUUAGUUUCUUCCUUUCUUUCAUGCACUUGUCUUCCUCCCAUGAAGAUCUCUCCCCAGGGCUCAUGGCUGUGCUGUGACCUUGAGAGCUUCCUGUGUUACUUGGAGCCACACGAAAUUAACAGGAGAAAAAGGAUGCAUGCUCGCCAAGUGUGGUGCUGCCUCAGCAUGAGUCAGUAUUGAUUGCCAGUAGAUCAGAAAAUGCUGAGGAGGUGUUCUAAGUUCUGCAAGACAUACUUGUUGGCAGAAAAGCUUUACCUUUCCAAGGAAGCCAGGAAAACUUGUUCCUCCUCUUGGAACAAACGUCACUGAAAUACUAAAAAAAACAAAUAUCAAAGCAAUUUUCCAAAAUGUUUUUGCUUAUCAUUGUCUUUAUAGUAAUAGCUUAAAAAAAGAGUAAUAAAUUUUAUAAAGACUUACUUUUCAAGAAGAGACUAUAGAUUGGGUUGAGCAUGCUGACAGGUAAAACUCUGAAAGUGUGCCAGAAGGUACUUCAUUGCUUGAAAGAUGCUGUCACUCUUCAGUCCCAUCUAUUUAGUUCCUAAAUUGGAGAAAGGAGUUACUGGAAAAGGCUGACGUUUGUGAAUGCACCAAGUAGGAUUGAGUUUGAAAGUGUUUGCAAUUUCUUCUUGUGUCUGUGGGAAAGGUGGUUAUUUCACAGCAGCAGUCUGCUGAAGGUAGCAGUAUGACUCAGAGGAGAGGGCAGAGCCCUCCAUGGGAACACUGUGGGUGGCUGUGCUUCACAGAGCCUGGGAGAGACGCUGAGACAGUAGACAUGGUUGCUGUGCUCGUCUGGACAGCUGGAAGUGCACCCCGCCUGAAUGGGAUCUGGGCACAGAAUACAUGAAUGGAAGCAAAAAAGUGUCGUAGAGGAAUUGUGGAUAGAAUCCCUGCAUCAUUCAUUGUGAAGGAAGCCAAAAAUGUAUUUGUUGAGCUGUGAAGAUAAAUUAAUAUAGUGGUGUUUUCACUCCCAAGCCAGACACAGGUUUUACUUGAAGAAAAUUUAUUAUUUUGCUUGAAUAUAUUUGAUUGAAAGGUUUAAAUGGCACUUGUGACCGUAGCAUUUGAACAUGUUGGAACUGUAAUUUUUUUUCUCACAGUAUCUCUGAAAAGGCAUAGCAGUGUUGUUAACCUCUUAUGGUUUUGUCAAGGAACAGAAUUAUGAAGGAAUUUUGACUCACCUGUGCACAUGUAGAAAGUCUAUGGUGGCAGAGGAAAUACUUGUAUUUGUUAUUAUUCAUUCAGUUUGUUAACAAUGAGGUCACUUUUCCUGGCUUCAUAAAAUUACUCACAAGUUGUGUAAGACACACAUAAUUCUUAUGCAGCAUACUUCUAAGUGUUUCACUAUUUAGUUAUGAUAAGCUGUUAACCGGAGCUUUUCAUUUUUCUCGUGACAUUUCAUAUCUUAUUUUAAAGCAUCAGCCUAACUGCAAAAUGUCUAGGUCAAAAGAGCAGUCUAUUUCCCUAGAUAAACUAUGCAAAAAUAAAUCAGUAGUAUUUAUCAAAGUAGAGUAUGUUUAAGAUCAGUGUUUCAUUUUAGACCUUUGCACUGUAAAAACAGUAAUAAGCUUAGUAUAACUACACUGCUUUCCUCAUUCAUGAUGCUUUCUCUCUUUUCACAUUUUUCCUAUUAUCACAUUUUCAAUUAUAGUAUCUAUUUAAAAGAUAAGUAUACAUACAUACUUACAAGUAUGUCAAGGGGAUAGCACUAUAGCACAUUAUUCUUACACGAUUCUUAGUGAUUAGUAAACUAUCUGUUUUUAUCCUUACUAGCCUUUCCACACAGCACUGGAAGAGCUGUACUUUACUGCUUUUCAUGAUAUACAACAGAAAAACCUACUGAAAGCAACAUUGCAAAUAUCAGGAACAUCUCACUUAAAUUUGGCAGGCGCUAAAGGUACCAGAAUCUAAUUUUACAACAUGUAAACAAUUUUAUUCCUAAAAAUAGACACAUUAGCACUGUAAUGUGGUUCUAAUAACUAAUAAGAUAAAUAAUUUUUAUUUCAACAAAAGCAUGUAAAAAUUCAUAAAUUGGGUGUGUAGCCUGAGAUUAAGUAACAAAAGGAUUCUGGCCCUCACAGCUCAGUUCCUAACUUCAGCAUUGAAGUAGGUAGCUUAGUGGGAAUGGACAAGCUACUUUUCUAUAGGGCAGGAAUUCUCUGCACACUCCUGCUUCAAUAUCAGGUUGUUCUAGAGUCUGCUGAUCCCAUACAUGAUUUUAGAAGACUUAAGAAACAGCAUCUGAAUUAGACCAAUCUCCCUGAGCAGCUGCUUGGGCUCCCUGGGCAGUUCCUUGCUUGUCUGGUUUCCCUCUAAGUCAUUAUUAUGAGCCAUUACUAUGGACACAACCCACCUACCCUGACCCCUUACCUGAACCCUCUAGUACAUAUCCUGUCCUGAGUCUUUUUGAGCAUGGUGUUCCUCUUCCUCAGAGCUUGAGUCAGGGGAAUCCACCUUAAACUGAAGCCAAGGGUUUUCAUCUCACGUGGCACCAAGAGGCUGGAGUUAGGGUCAUACUCAUCUAAUGAGUUCCACAUAAUCUAAUUGGUUAAUUUCUUUAAUUGCCUAUUGUAUAGAUGAUCACCCAUUCAAAAAUAAAAGCAAAUAAGAUAAUCAGAAUGUACUGCUCUUAACUAUACCACUUAACAGGAAUAAAAGGGGAUUUACGUACUUUUAAAUAGAACCACAACAUUCUGCACAGCAUUUUCUUUUUCCUGUAAAAGUAUUCUAUGUGCUUUAUUGAUUAAAAAGGAAAUUGAGUCUAACAAA